AACCAGAGAAUUCCGUACGUUAACAUUCUUGUAAACAAUAUGGCUACCGAGUGUUCUAGAUUUCUUCAUCGAAUCAUUUAACGGUUGGUUUACAGCAUAUUUCUACUGAAACAGACAGGAUCAUGGCUGAAUUACUUGGAAAUGAAGCCAUCCUGGAAAGCCUGAAGCAAGAUGUUACAGACCUACAGUGGGCCAUUGGUGAGAUUGUCUCCAGGAUUGGACCAGUGCAGCAGUCAUCAUGGAAGUUCCCAGACAAACUCUCAUGUGACCUAGAUAUAGAGGAUCUCCUUGAUCUGUACAGUUUCUCUGAUGAUGCUGAGGAGUGUCAGGUGGCACACAUUGCACUGUAUGAACUUGUAAUCGACAGAUUUGUAUAUUUGAUGCAGACCUUGUCAGCCUUUAACAAGCAGACCAUGGCUCGAGGUGGUGUGGACCUAGCAGAUAACAGUAACACCUCUGUAGGCCUGGUGGUCAAACAGUACUCGAACCGGCAGAUACAGCUUCAAACCAUGCUUCAACAAACUAUGUCUGAUAUCAAAACGAAAAACAGAAAACUAGAAGAACUAGAAAAUAACAUGAAAAAGAUGUCAGAUCAGGUAGAGGAUGGUUCACGGACAGGUUCACACAUGUCUCUGAACAGUUUAGGCAAGCUGUCCAAUAUGUCCAUGUCAGCUAUAAACCCCAUAUACACUGCCAGACAAUUUGAGGAAAUCGCAAGAGACGCUAAUAGUAAAUCUUGUCAGACUAUAGAAACCGCUUUCGUGCCGUGUGAGGCGUGUCAUAUCGCCCAGAAAAGUUUUAAGACCACAGGGGAUCUGAUCAUCAAUAUGUGUAAAAACCAGAAACUGCCGUCGAGUCUACAGCAAUAUCGCCCCCUAGUGGCAGACUUAAAGUGGUUAUCGGCAAAUGACAUGGCAAGGUGGGCAGGGGAACAGAACAAAGACCUCAACAGAAUCAACAAAAACCAGGACAAUAUAUUAGAAGUGAUAGCAAACCUCAAAGACCAGGUGGAUACAUAUGAAAAGAAGUGUAAAAAGUUAGAAAAGCGAGUGUCAAACUUUGAUAGUGAAAUGAGGACAGAGCGAGAGGUGCAGUCAGCUCUAAGGAGACAAUUUGACCUCAAGGUCAAGGACAUGGAAAGUGAUCACCAGGAAACAGUUGCCACAAUGACCAUGCAGAAAAAUGAACUUGCAUCCACGAAGGCGUCGCUAGAAAAACAGCUACAAACUUACAAAGCUGACUUAGAGAGACAGCAAUGUCUCCUUACAACUCUUGAAGAAACAAGAGGUCGGUUAACGAAGGAUUUGGAGGAAAACAAAGCCAAUUCAGAAGAUAUUCAGAAACUUCAGAGUGAGCUCACAAAGAUCCAAAGUCAGUUUGAGAAGUCCUCAAAAGAGCUGUCUCGUGAGCUAGCAAAGAACAAGAGCUCCUCAAAACAUGGAAAAAGUCUACAGUCGAAGCAGGAUACGCUGCUCCAGAGGCUGGACACGCUGGACCAGGAGAAUGAGGAUCUAAAGGAUCAAAUGGGAGUGGCCGAGGAGGAGCGGGAGGCUGCACAGGAGUCCCUUCAGAAGGCACUGGAGCAGGUCACAAAAUUACAGACAAAAAUAAAAAAUGAUGAGGAGCUCAUAGAACAUUUGAGUGCGGAGAAGGAACAGCUACAAGAUUCUAUCAGUAAGCUAGAAAACAGUAUACAGACCCUGGAGCACCAACUGGAGGAAGCCAGGGAGCGGGAAAGACUUAUGAUUGAGUACCCUGAUCUUAAUGGGCCAGUCAACAGAGAUCUCCAAGGUACUGGUGAUAUAGUGGUUGAUAUGGAGAAUCAAGUAAAGGCUAACUCCCAGAGGAUCACGAUUCUUGAGGAGCAGAAUGAGGGGCUGAGAAACUCCAUCACCAAGAUUGUAUCAAUACAGCGAGGUCCUGGGGGAUCGCCCCCUAAACAGGCCUGGAGUGAAACGACCACUAAGCCUGUAGCUCUGUGGAACCAACAACAUCUAGACAAAGCUCAAAGUGAGGCUCACAAUAUAUGGAUACCUGAGAGUUCCACCACGCAGGAAGACUCGCAUCUGCGAGUGCAGAAUGGGGGAAAGACUGACAUGAAACCCCUAUUCAAACAGCGGCAACAACACAGCACCCCUAAAAAGGAGCAUAGCAAAGCUAAGUCCCCACCAUCAGAGAGUAAAAACAUGUCAGCUGUGGAAGAGUUUGUCGUGGGGCGGGGGAGCAGACCUCCAAGUGCCAGUCGGAGAGGGGAGACUCCCAGCACUGGAAGUCGUAGUCGACCCUCCAGUGGAAAGGUGAUAGCUCCGGUAAACUCCAGCAGUAUAAGUGCUUACAUACAGAUCAGGAAGGCUGCAAAGCUUGGUGUCAAUGACCUCAACACCAUGUCACAUUCCAAAGGUGUAAGUGUAAGACCACCUUCAGGUAAACUACCAAAGGCUACAAGGGAGACAACUACACCAAGCAGUGAUACAGACUAUACCAAGAAUGAAAUGUUUUCAUGUGAAAAGUGUGACAAAAUGUACUCCAGAAUGCGAGACUUAGAAAUCCACAAAUCUUAUUGUACAGGAUAAUCUUCUACGACUGAACAUACUUGUAGGGAAUAUAUUAAAUUGAGCUCCGUCCAUCUAUAUAAUAUUACAAAUUAUAUGCAUCUGUUUCUUCAAAAAAAUCUCUGAAGUCACUAAAUAGUAAAUACAUGAAGCUUUGCACCCUUAUCCUGAAAGGAUCCUAAUACUGCAAUUUGCAAUGGACAAUUUCUCAUUUUUGAAUGUUUUUUCUGUCCAAAAGGAAAUGCAGAUUUUCUGAAGCUACCAGAAACUUUAUAUCUAGCUAUAGCGCUUUCUACUAGUGCUUGAUUUUUGCUAUUGAGGAGUGCUGAUUUUUGAUACUUUUAUGAUUUCCAUAAAAAAAAAAACAGGUAAAAAAUUGCUUUUUCUGGGCUAAAAUGUUCCAAGACAGCUCAGGGAAACUUUGUACAUUUAGUUAUAAAGGUGGUGCUCUCAGAGGCUUAUUCUAUAAAACAAGGUCCCACAUU